CACACACACACACACACACACACACACACACACACACACACACUUGCAGACAGAAACACACCUUCACAACCUCAGCACACCGGCCUGAGCCGCUGCAGACGCGGAAACCUCCACACACGCUUAGCAGUCAGCGGUGCACUUGCUAUGACAACACAGAUGAUUGAAACCUGAGCUGGACGUCUGGCUGCGUGAGGAAAAACUAUCCCUGCAGGAGGUUCAGAAUCCGAAGUUGCCGGAUCCCAUCUGUGCCACAACACAGAGAAAGAAGGGAUUUACGGUUUACACUGUGCUGGCUGAAGUCCAGCUUCUUCCCCUGGAGCUGCUUGGAAGCUACAGCAAAAUAAUAAAAAAAACGUCUCUGUUUACUCAUCACAAUACCUCUUUCAUCCUCCGUAUUUUUUGUUUUGUUUUGUCUUGUGUCCUGGCUGUAAGUUAUUUGUCUCUUCACUCCGUCGCCUCAAGGGAACGAUUGCGCUGCUAACUGGACCUCAUCUCAGCCCGUCCUGCCAGCUAUUUAUCCAUAUCAAAAUGAACUCUUCUUCGUCGAUUACAUCCUUGUUCUCCUUCACCAGCCCUGCAGUUAAGCGUCUGCUCGGCUGGAAACAAGGAGACGAGGAGGAGAAGUGGGCAGAAAAGGCCGUGGAUUCUCUGGUGAAGAAACUGAAGAAGAAAAAGGGAGCAAUGGAGGAACUGGAGCGAGCCCUCAGCUGCCCUGGGCAGCCCAGUAAGUGUGUGACAAUUCCUCGGUCGCUGGAUGGGAGACUGCAGGUGUCCCACAGGAAGGGUCUUCCCCAUGUCAUCUACUGCAGGGUGUGGCGCUGGCCUGACCUGCAGUCCCACCAUGAGCUGAAACCCCUCGAAUGCUGCGAGUUCCCCUUUGGCUCCAAACAGAAGGACAUCUGCGUCAACCCCUACCACUACAGGCGUGUGGAGACUCCAGUGCUUCCACCAGUUCUGGUCCCACGCCACAGUGAGUUCAACCCUCAGCACAGUUUACUGGCCAAGUUCAGGAAUGCCUCCCUGAACAACGAGCCACUGAUGCCACAGAAUGCCACCUACCCGGACUCCUUCCCGCCGCUUCCCGUCUCCUCCUUCUCCUCCUCUCCAACUUCCUCCCUCGCCCAGUCGCCCACCUCACAGAGCUACCCCAACUCCCCCAGCAGCUCUGCAGAACCUGGCAGUCCGUAUCACAUCACAGCUGAGACUCCUCCCCCUCCAUACAGCAUGAUGGAGACAAAUACUCAAGAAGACAUGAAGCCGAACAAUUCCACAGAAACCCCGAAACUCACAUUCUCUGCUCCACACAGAGAUAUGAGGCCUGUUUGUUACGAAGAGCCCGAGUACUGGUGCUCCAUAGCUUACUACGAGCUCAACAACCGGGUGGGGGAGACGUUCCACGCCUCGUCCCGCAGCGUCUUGGUUGACGGCUUCACAGACCCGUCCAAUAACAAGAACCGAUUCUGUCUCGGUCUGCUUUCCAACGUCAACCGCAACUCCACCAUCGAGCACACUCGCAGGCACAUAGGCAAAGGUUUACAUCUGUACUACGUGGGAGGGGAGGUUUAUGCAGAGUGUCUGAGUGACAGCAGCAUCUUCGUGCAGAGCCGCAACUGUAACUUCCAGCAUGGCUUCCACACCACCACCGUGUGCAAGAUCCCCAGCGGCUGCAGCCUCAAGAUCUUCAACAACCAGCUGUUCGCUCAGCUUCUCGCCCAGUCCGUCAACCACGGCUUCGAGGUCGUCUACGAGCUCACCAAGAUGUGCACCAUCCGCAUGAGCUUCGUCAAGGGUUGGGGUGCCGAAUACCACCGUCAAGAUGUGACCAGCACCCCCUGCUGGAUAGAAGUGCACCUGCAUGGACCCCUGCAGUGGCUGGACAAGGUGCUUACGCAGAUGGGAUCCCCGCACAACCCCAUCUCUUCUGUAUCAUAACAUAAACGCAAACACACACUUUUGAGUGUGUGAUCACUGUCUUCACACAGGUAGUCAUAUGUUCUGUCCGUGGGCUUAUCUCAUCGCAUCUCAAUAUGACUGCUGUGGGAGUCAUAAGGAUGUACUCUAGAGCUGUUUUUGCAUUUAACAUGAUGUAAAGACACAAUGUAAUUUCAGCAUAAUGAAACAUUUCUGGAUUCAGACACUUUAGCUGUACAAAAACUAAAUGGGAUCAUUUUGGAGGUACUCUUAUGUUGUAGUGACUUGUGGUGUAUUUCCAUGUUUUGACCAAUGUUUGAAUGUACUGUUUUUUUUUUUUACAUCUCCAAUUAAACAUGUUUCUUUAUCAUGCA